GAAUGCAGUAAAAAACAGAAAAAUGACGAUACACAAAGUGCAUCUGUUGAUGCAUUGAGUUCAAAUGAUGGCUCUGAAGAGAAAAAUGAGUUUGAUACAUUGGCUAAUGCUAAAAUACUCCUUAGCGACUGCCUAGCUUGUGACAGCUGCAUGACAUUGGAAGAAGGAGCCAGAGUUUUCCAGCAGAAUCAGAAGGAGUUCUUUCGUGUUCUCAACCUUAACAAGAAAUGUGAUACCUCAAAACACAAAGUGUUGGCAGUGUCUCUGUGCCCUCAGUCAUUGCCUUAUUUUGCUGCUAAAUUCAAUCUCUCUGUGAAUGAAGCAGCCAAGAGACUCUGUGGUUUCCUCAAAAGUCUUGGGGUGCAUUAUGUGUUUGACACCACCAUAGCUGCAGAUUUCAGUAUCCUGGAGAGCCAGAGGGAGUUUGUGCAGCGCUACCAGCGGAGGAACCAGGAGGAACAUGCCUUACCAAUGUUUGCCUCUGCUUGCCCUGGUUGGAUCCGUUAUGCUGAGAGGGUGCUCACCAACCUGGUCACCUCUCACAUCUGCACUGCAAAGUCCCCACAGCAGAUCAUGGGCUCCCUAGUGAAGGGCUACUUUGCCAGGCAGCAGAAUUUGUCUCCUGAUAAAAUUUUCCAUGUAGUCGUGGCACCUUGUUAUGACAAAAAGCUGGAAGCCUUGAGGGAAGAUUUCUACACUGCCUUGUAUAAUUCAGCAGAAGUUGAUUGUGUCCUGACAUCAGGUGAAAUUGUCCAGAUAAUGGAACAGAAAAAUGUGUCAAUGAAAGAUGUGACUGAAGUAGCUGUAGAUAGUUUGUUUGAUGGCUUAAAGGAGGGAGAUGUAGUAAGGCAUGAUGGCAAGAGAUCUGAUGGUUACCUGGAGCACAUUUUUAAACAUGCUGCAAAGGAGCUUUUUGGUGUGGAUGUCAAGGAAAUCACCUACAAAGCACUAAAGAACAAGGACUUUCAAGAAGUGACCCUUGAAAAGGAUGGGGAGACAGUGCUGCGUUUUGCAGCAGCUUAUGGCUUCAGGAAUAUCCAAAACAUGGUCCUGAAGUUGAAAAAAGGAAAGUUUUUCUACCAUUUUGUAGAAGUCCUUGCCUGCCCAGGAGGGUGCCUCAAUGGGAAGGGCCAGGCCCAGAGCGAGGAUGGCAGAGCAGACAGGGCCCUGCUGGCGCAGAUGGAGGAGGUGUACACUGCCAUCCCUGUCAGGCUGCCAGAGGCCAACCUGCACGUGCAGAGGAUGUACCAGGACUGGCUGGAGGGCAGGGACUCCAAGAAGGCCCAGGACACUCUGCACACCUCCUACAGUGCAGUGAGCCAGAGCACCAGCAGCCUGGACAUCAAAUGGUAACAGCAGAGCUGGGCUGGGGCUGCAGGGCACCCAUGGGACCUCUGGCUCAGUGAGCUCUGCCCAGCUGGGGCACAACCAUUGCUCUGCAAAACCACACAGCUCCAAGAGCCCUGGCUCCUGCCACUGGCAGUUCAUUUGACUGUUUGUCAUUUCCUGCAUACAGUGGAUUUCUUCAUUCUAAUCUUGCAAGGUACACAGCCCUUUGUGGCAGGGACAGGGAGUGCAAUUCCUGACCAAGUUGCUCCCUGGAGGGAAGGUUCACUGCACAAAAUGGGCUCCUCCAAGAGGGUGAGGUGAUUUUACUUCCAGGUCUGCAUUCCCUGUCAACACAGGAAUUUCAGUAUUGAUGCAGUUGGGAUUUACUCACCUUGGUAAGGAAAAGCCCUUUUAAAGGACAAGUGAGUAUGUGGAGAGAUGUAAUGAAUUUCUAUAAGCCUUGUAUCCAUAAUUCAGCAAAAAAAUACUCAGUUCCAAGCUAGCCACCAUUUCUUACUGAUGUAGUGUCACAGAAUGCUUCACACAAACUGAAUCUGGGAAACUAAUGCUAAAUGGUUCAUUUAAAAUAGUUCCAAAUAGGUUGAUUGCUACAAAAAGAGAACUUUCUUCCCAUAUAAGUUUUCUGCCAAGCUUGCAGCCAGCAGCAGUGGUGCUGCUUGCUUUGGCUUCUCUCUGAGAGUGGAACAUGCCCAGAUUGUUCCUUCAUUUGUCUCCAUGUUGAAAGACUUGUGCAAAAAAUAACUUCCUGGGGUGCCUCUGAGAAAAACUACUGAGCAAUGCUUGUGAGCUCAUCAGAGUUAUGGUGUGUUGGCAUCGUGGUUUUUGAUGCACUUAUUUUUAUAAAUAUGCUAUAGAGGUUCAUUUAACAGACAUUGUGAAGUGGUACUGCCAUUCAGCUGCUCUGCAACUUCCCCACUUGUCAGAGAGUUAUUCAAGAAUGUGAUGGACAAAAGAAAUUAAGACUCCUGCCAGACUUCUUCAGAUCUGUUCACAGUUAAUGGCUGUUUGAAGCUAGCAAAGUUCUAGCUUUCCUUAUGCAGCCUGAGUGUGGAUGGGCUUUUUUAACCAUUUCAUGCAGUUUGAAUCAAUCUUCUUGCCAAUUUCUUCAAUGUUACUGCUGCUUGGAUGAUUCCUGCAGAAACCUGUGAGUGUUUAAAAUGCACAUUUAACUGAACACAGUGGAAUGGGAUGGAGCAUCAGGGGAGGCAGGGCAAGAGCUGGCUUUGGCUGAAAAGGAGAGGGACAGUCAAGUGUCACCCUGCUGAUAAAAACCAGCUCUCUUCAUGGGAAGCUGUUCAAAACUGCAGCUUUCCAUUGGACCUCCACCUAAAUAACAAACCAUUGCACUUGGAGGGAAUUUUCUUUCAAGUGCAAACAAAUUUAUUUACUGCACUACCUGAAUGCCCACAAUGAAAUGAUGCCCAUGAAUUAUAGAAAUUAGCCUUUGCAAGUUGUUCCUUGUGAUAAGAACCAUCUUGACUGUGGUGCAAUAUCAGAACAUUGACAGAAAUCUACCUCUGUACAGGAAGGGAGUCCAGGAGCUGUGGGAAGGGCUGUGUGCAGCUGGAAGGGUGAUAGAUGUGUGUGCUGGAGAAAGGUGGGGCUGUUGUGGGACAUUUCAAAGCAGAUCACUUUCAGAAGCAGCAUCCACCUCCUCGGGUCUGAUUUUGUUCAUCUGCUGUGAUUUCCUCCAAAAACUCCCCCAGAAUUGUAAUGUAAUAAAUGGUCCUGUUCUGUUUGUAUAGGCCUGUUUUUCUGUAUAUAUGGUUUGUAGCUGCUGCAUGUUUAAAUUAUAUCUCUGCUGCUCUUUGUACAGUGUGCUUAUUUGUUUCUGUGUGUUUACUGGGUGCAAUGGUACAAAACCAGUUUGCUUUUCUGAGGAAAUCUUCAGUGAACUGCCCAAGAGCUGUUGUGAAAGCAGAGCCUGAGCUGUGUGUGCAGGGUGCUGGAUGCUCCCAGGGCUGGGGGUGCUGUGCAGUGCCUGUGCUGCUGGGGAGCAGCAGGGGCUGAGAUCAGUGCAGGGAAAGCCCUGGCUCAGUGUCCACAAUACCCUGCUCCAGCUGCAUCCACCAUUCCUUCCAUCUGCUCCAGGGCAGCCACAGUGCAGAGCUGUUGCUGUGUCUGCUGCACAAUUCUUUUUUAAAGAUAAGGAAGGCACCUAACUGAGCUUGUAGUGGGGUUUGGUUUUGCAUAACAAACCUUUGCAUCACUUCCCUAAAUGUCUCCUGUGCUAAACCAGGCUACACAGAAUGUAUUAAAUGUAUUAUCAUUAGUGGCCUAACCAAUUGAGACUUGUCUUUUUGGGUUGGUUUCUUUUUUUGGUCAGCUUUUGUUCUUUAAGACUCUUUGAGUAAAAUGUUUUAAUUUUUUAAAGGCCUUUUCUUAAAGUGCCAGUUUUACAGGAUAGAACUUUCCUUUCCUUUUAAUCUUUCCCCCUUCACCUGCUUGCAUUGAAAUUUUAAUCUAUAUCAGAAAACCUUGUUGCAGCUUCAUAUAUAGUGAAAUACUUGCCUAAGAUUGGAUUCUGGAUUUGAAUUGGAAAAUCCAUUAAUGUUGACAAUAUGUGUUUGUAGCCACACUUCUGAAAUUACAGCAUAUUUAAUUCCCUGAUUUCAUAAUAAUUUCUAUUGCCACUGCCUCUUCAGCAACAAGAAAACCUCCUGAUAUAGUGCUUUACCUCCCCCUGGAAUUUUGUGCUGGGAUAAGAGGAUUUUUAGAAAAAUUAUAAACUGGAAGGAUUGUGGGAAAGAAAUUGGACACAGUAAAUUAAUUAAUAAAAUUGUCUUGGGAUGUUCUUGACCUGAGCAUGUCAGGUGCUGGAUCCUUGGGGUUCUGAGGCUGCUGCAGGGUGCUGUGAGUCCCUUUGGCUGCUGCAGGAGGGUUCCCUCAGCACAGCACCAUUUGUGGGUGCCCCAGGGGAAUGCACACACCCAAAUGCAGCAGUCUCAGCUGGGUUAUGCCUGGAUGAUGUUCAGUUACCCAGAUUUUGGUGCUUUGUUUUCCAGUGCAGCAUGACCAUGAAUUGUGAAUAAAUCUCAGUACUCAAUUCUG